AUGCAUGUACAGACAUCCAAUUGGAGAUUCUCAGGCGAGAAAGAUUCUUCGCCAUAUCUAUUUCGACAAGAUCCUCCACCGAAGCUCAAAGAACUUCCAUAUUGGAGCCUUCUCAAACUUCCAGAUUUGUGUUGCUACAAAGCCAUUGGAACAAGACGUGAAAUCUCAUUGACUUGA